UGAAGAUUUGACAUAUUAGGGGCAACAGAGAUGUUCCAGACAGCGUUUCUUACUCGAAAGCGUCGGCGACCUGACAUCAACUUCACUCAGGUUCACGAAGAGGUGAAGUUUAGAGAUGUGACGCUGUACCUGGUGGAGAAGAGGAUGGGGAAGAGCAGGAGGAAUUUUCUCACUAAUCUCGCCAGGUCAAAAGGUUUCCUCGUAGAGAACAUGCUCAGCGGUCAUGUGACUCAUGUGGUGUCGGAGGGGAACGCGCCGCAGGACCUCUGGAACUGGCUGGAGGAGCAGAACCUCAGAGAACCUCACAACAAACACGUGCUGAACAUCAGCUGGUUCACAGAGAGCAUGAGCGCUGGAGAACCCGUGCCACUCGAAAUGAGACAUUACAUACUAAAUCCUGCUGCAGAACAAAAGUUGUCUCUAUGUCCAUCAUCCAAUGUGAUGUCCACUGUGUCCCCGUAUGCUUGCCAGAGACGCACAACAAUAGAGAACCAUAACAAAGUCUUUACAGACGCGCUGGAGGUGAUAGCGGAGAGCUCAGAGUUCAGUGGGAAUCAGGGAUCGUGUCUGGCGUUCCGCAGAGCGGCGUCCGUGCUCAAGAGUCUCCCCGUCGCCCUGAAACGCACAGAGGACACGCAACACCUGCCUGGCCUGGGAGAACACAGCAAGGCCAUCAUAGAGGAGAUCUUUGAAUGUGGAGCAUCGCUCAAAGCUCAAGAGAUACUAAGGGAUGAGAGGUAUAGAACAAUGAAGUUGUUCAGCAGUGUCUUUGGUGUUGGACCUAAAACAGCAGAGAACUGGUACUGUAGAGGACUUCGCACAUUUGAAGAUGUCUUGACUGAGCCCAUGAUCAAACUGAACCGGAUGCAGACUGCAGGGUUCAUGUUCUAUGAAGACAUCAGUAAACCUGUGAGCAGGCCAGAGGCCAAUGCACUGAAGACUAUUGUAGAGGAAGCUGUUACCUGUGUCAACUCAUCUGCCAGUGUUAAUGUUAUUGGCGGCUUCCGCAGGGGGAAGGAGUUCGGUCAUGAUGUGGAUUUUAUCAUCAGAGCGCCUGAACCCGGACAAGAGGAUGGACUUUUACCCGCCGUGAUCGACAGAUUUAAAAGUCAGAACAUUCUGCUUUACUCCGACUUCCAUGAGUCGACCUUUGACCUCAGGCUGUUGCCCAGCCGUCGGUUUGAGGCGAUGGAUCAUUUCCAGAAGUGCUUCCUGAUAUUGAAGCUGAAGAGAGAUCAGGUGACUGACAUCAGAGGCAGCGAUGAGGUCAGAAAGCACGGUCAGUGCCGGGACUGGAGGGCCGUGCGAGUUGACCUGGUGGCCCCUCCGAUUGAGCGCUAUGCGUACGCUUUGCUGGGGUGGACGGGAUCCACGCUGUUUGAGAGAGAUCUGAGACGAUUCGCCAGACUGGAGAGAGGAAAACUACUGGACAAUCACGCGCUGUAUGACAAAGCAACGAACACCUUCUUGCCUGCGGACACAGAGGAGGAUAUCUUUGCUCAUUUGGGUUUGGAGUACAUUGAGCCUUUGCAAAGAAAUGCCUAGAUUUCAUGUGUCCUUCUGCGCUGUAAAUCUUCUGAUGAUCUGCUGUUCAACACAUCAGCGAUGGUGACACUUUCCCACUGAAACGGCUGCGAUCGCAUCAGCCAACAUGAGAGUUACAGACAGUUCUUGCAUGUUUGCUUUCCUUUUAAAAUCUGCAAACUGUAUAUGGGUCACCCAA